AUGGUCACCGUCCCGCCCUACCUGCAGAUCUCGCAGCAAAAGCUGAAAGAGCGCGCUGCCCAAAUCCCAACUGAAUAUUUGCUUACCCCCGAACAGCUCUCACAGUUGAACUCCCAACACAACAUCACGCACCUCCCUAGAUCUGAGGAGUUCUUCACCCCCGCCGAGAUCACAAUAAUCAACUCCUCCGCGCCAACCAUCGUCGCAAAGACCAGCGCCGGCGAGUGGAGUGUGCAGGAAGUGAUAGAGGCGUUUCUUAAAGCUGCGAUGAUUGCGCACCAGGCGACAAACUGCCUCACAGAGAUCCCCAUCCCUGAAGCUCGCGCGCUCGCAAAAAGCCUUGACACCACCCCAACUGCUCCACGAGGCCCCCUCUAUGGUCUCCCCAUCUCGCUCAAAGACUGCUUCAACAUCUACCCCUCCGUCUACUCCACCUCUCUGGGCCUCACCGCAUGGGCCACCGCACAGACCCCCGCACCCCCCGAGUCCAUACUCGUCACGCUCCUCCGCGACCUCGGCGCAAUCCCAGGCCACGUCAAGACCAACGUGCCUACCGGGAUGAUGAUGAUCGAGGGCGAGAACCGCCUCUGGGGGCAGACUCUUAACCCAUUCAGCAAGGUUCUCUCCCCCGGGGGAUCGUCAACUGGCGAGGGUGUGCUCGGUGCGCUGCGCGGCGCCCUGGUCGGCGUCGGAACAGACAUUGGCGGGAGCAUCAGGGUCCCGGCGAGCUGGGGGGGACUGUAUUCGCUGAAGCCGUCGUCUGGGAGGUUCCCGAUUAUGGGGACGAGGAGCAUUAUAAGUGGGCUGCGCGCGAUCAAUAUGGUGAAUGGGCCGAUGGCAGCAGAGCUGGAGAGCGUGAGGAUGUAUUGUAAGGCUGUGGUGGGCGCGGAGCCGUGGAGGUAUGAUCCGGGGUGUGUGCCGAUUCAGUGGCGGGAGGGGCAGAUGCCGGUGGGGAGGAAGUUGAGGGUUGGGGUGCUGAGGAAUGAUGGGGUUGUGAGGUGCCAGCCGCCGGUGGAGAGAGCGGUGGAUACUGUUAGGAAGGCGCUGGAAGACUCGGGGGAGGUGGAGGUUGUGGACUGGGAACCAUUCAAACACGCCGAAAUCAGCACCCUUGUGGGAAGAAUCUUGACCGCUGACGGCGGCCGCUAUAUCGCCGGCCUAAUCAACGCAACCCAGGAGCCCUGGUACGACUCGAUGCUCCCCUACAAGGCUGUGUCUAGCUCCCCCGACACCGACAUCCCUACCAGCGCCAUGUGGGGGCUGCAGAACCUCCAGAGCACCCUACAAAAGGAGCACCUCGACCACUGGCGCGCCAGUGGCGUGGACGCCGUGAUUGCACCUGUGGCGCCGUGGGCGGCUGUCCGCAGAAGGGCGAGCGCAAGGAUGCCGUAUAUGGGGUACACGUCUGUAUGGAACUUCCAUGACUAUGUGGCGGCGACGCUGCCAGUCACGAUGGCGGAUAGGAGCGUGGAUCUCAGGGAUGAGGGAUAUGUGCCGGUUAAUGAGAUAGAUAGGGCCGUGUGGGAGGACUAUGAGCCUGAUGUGUAUCAUGAGGGGCCGGCGGGGGUGCAGGUUCUAUGUGGGAGGUUGGAGGAGGAGAAGUGUUUGGAGGUGGUGGGGUUUGUGGAUGCGUUGUUGAGAGGUAAGGCAGCGAGUGAUGGGAUGUGA